AUUCCAUUUUUGUUUUUACAUAUCAAUUUUUUAAAUUAGUUAAUUUCAACACACACAUUUUAUCAUAAAUGUAUUUAAAAUUCGCUAAAAUUUUGAAACAUAUAGUAAAAACAUUGAUACGAAUUUUUAAAAGGUGUUACAUCUGGUGGUAUACUUAUUUUUAAUUAACAUACAUAUGUAAGUAUGUACACAUACAUAUGUUCUGCUUCAACCAUACGUAUCAUUUUGUAUAUACCUACUUAUGUAUGUAUGUACAUACUAAUUGUUGGUAUGAUAUCACUAUGAGUAAUGACCUAAAUAUUGUAUAUACAUGCAUAAAAACUUUUUUGAAAACUGGAAAACAAUAUGAAUAUAAAAUCUUAGGCUAAAUAAAUAAAUUCCGGGUUCUGUUUAAUAUCGCGCCGGUUUUUUUGGCUCACUGUACCUAAACGAGAGAACCAAAUUGAAAUUUUUAAACACGCAUGUAUGCUUAAAUUAUCGAACUUUAUUUUAAAACUUAUUUUAUAAAAAUCGGUUCAACAAAUUUUUCCACAAAUUCUCUUUUAAAAAUGCUAUUUUUUGCAAAUUUCUAAAUAUAUGCUAGUGUAUUUUCAUCUGUUGUGCAUUGUACCAAACCAAUUAUGUAUACAUUUUCACGCACAUAUAUUACUUAUGAAUUAUAAAAACCACUAGUAAUGUUUUUAAUUACUUUUGAUUGUUAAUUUCUUUGUAAAUCUUUAAAUAAAAUACACCUUUUUCUGCAUUGAGUUCAGUAAUGCGAAAAACCAAAAUGACUGCCUAAUUUGAACUGUAAAAUUACCGAGAAAACACGAACAAAAGGGAAUAAAUUAAACCCGCUUUCAAUGCUAAAAUACUGUGGAUGGCGUAGCCGGUGUUGGAUCGGCUACGGUUAUUUUUUUAAAGCGCGGCCGAAGGCCGCCAAUGCAGAAAGGAAUGAAAUGCUAAAAUACUGUGGAGGAAAUCCCGGUGUAGCAUUAUUUUACAAAUUUAAGUAUAAAAAAAAUUAAGGCUUUAUUUUUCUUAACGAUUUCAAUAUACCAUCUAAUAUGUGUGCUGGGAAGCAUAACGGUACUUUUCAUAUGUUUACCCAUAUUUAAAAAUUUGCCGUUAAGCAAAAUACGUUUUCGGUGUUAUUUGGCGUUAUUGAAAAUAAAAAUAUUAUUAUAACACAAUGUGCGAAAUUGCAAAUGGAACGCGGUCCACACGGUUUGAGUGGAGCCUUAUGCGUGUUGGCACCGAGCUGCGCACGCAUGAACAAGGAGUCCGUUUUGCGGAGGAAAACGGCCUAAUACCGAGCGAGCAAAUGUGCCCUGUACACAAGGUCCCAAAGACUAUACGGAAAGGGGGCAAAUUUGGUUAUUUUGUGUGCUACAGAGGCACAUGCACAAAAAAGCCACGUGUUUCAGUAACCAUCGGGACAUGGUUUGAAAAUGUCCGCAUCAGUGUCCCUCAGGUGUACUUUUUGAUGUACUGCUUUGCGUGUCGUAUGUCCCGCGAAGAAAUAUUGCGCGAGGACUAUACAAAUGACGGGAAAACUUUGUCAUCUGCAACAAUAACAGACUGGUAUAGUUAUUGCCGAGAGGCCGUGGUAAUAUACCAGUUGGACCACCAAUAUGAACAAGGAAAAAUUGGUGGUCCGGGAAAAAUUGUUCAGAUCGACGAGAGUAAAUUUGGGCGGCGGAAGUACAACAAAGGCAGGCACGUAGAGGGACACUGGGUUCUUGGGAUGAUUGAAGAUGGUAGCGAGGACAUACGCCUCGAAGUAUGUCCUGACAAUCUUGAAACGGCGGACAAUUUAAUUCCAUUGAUCCAGAAGCACGUGGCUGAAGGAAGCAUAGUUCGUACGGACGGCUGGCGGGCAUAUGACGCAUUAACAAAUUUUGGGUACGUCCACCAAAAGGUGAAUCACAGUGACGAAACCAACCCUUUCGUUUCCGAAGAUGGUGUUCAUACGCAGCGAAUUGCGUCGCAAUGGCGUGUAGUGAAACGUUUCUUUUACAAAGCCGACUAUAAUCACACCGCCAACUUCGCCGACAUCAUCGUCGAAUAUAUGUGGCGGCGAUCUAUUCAAAAACAAGAAAAAGAUCCCUUUGUAUCAUUAAUAGAUGCAAUUAAAUAUGUAUAUACAUUGCACUGAAACAUUUUGGUUUUCUUUAUUUUGAUUUCUUGUCCAUACAAAAAUGUUGGCUGGGUUGCAUUGGUUUCAGUUUGUAUGGAAAAAUGAGCAAAAACACUGAUUUUUGGUCAUUUUCAAAGGGCUCCCUACAGGUCUAUAAGGGCUCUAGGGGAUCAAGUGGGGGUUUAUUAAAAAGUUCGAUCCUUCCUCUUUCCAAUAAGCGGCGUGAGAGGGGUUAACUCAGCUAUAAUCGCGUAAGAAGAAGUUUAAGAUACGGCGUCGUUUUGUGAGGCUCUAAAAGUGAAUUCUUCGAUUUUUACUAUGUCUGAAUUUAUUAAACAAAGAAGUGCGAAGUGUAUUUCAGAGGGAGGGAAUUACUUUGAAGGAAACGAAAUGGACAAAAUUCACCUUUCAAUUUGAUCACAGUAGGUUAUCUAAUAGUGCAGAGUAUGAUUAGGUUUUAGUUUAUUAUUAAACAUAUUUGAAUAAAUAAAUAAUACACAAUAAGUUCUAUAAUGGGAAGCACAAUAGGUUUUCAACUCUGUGUCACUGGAGUUGACUAAGUAUCAAACAUUUUCAAUUUCUAAAAAGAAACAAUUUUAAUCAGUUAUUAGUAACAAAUCAAUAGAAAGGUAAAAAAUUUAUUGAGCUCGUGGAGUAAAAUCGCUAAACUGGAUUAAACAAACUACACUUGGAAAACGUUAAAGUAAAAUUAAAGGACCGUGUGAAGCUUUUCGAACAUUAAGAGUCGAUACAAUAUACUAUUCCUAGGAAUAUACUUUUUAAGUAAAAUAAAAUUUUUGAAGCGUUUUGCUCUUCUUUAGUCAUUACUGUUUUGUGGUGUCCACAUCGCAUAAAUAUUGUGUUCAUAACAUUUAAAACCAGGUUUUGUAAGAAUCCAAAUUUCAUCGCGCUCCAUAACAAAUAAUUUUCUAGAAUGUUUAGAUAUACUUCUUGCGUCAUGAAAAUCCGCAGUUGUGUCAGAUGUGGUUGGCUUUCUACAAACUUUGUUGGGUCCAUCAUGAUAAUAAAACAUUAUCUUCGUCUUGUCGCAAAUAAUUACGUCAUCCAGUUGAAUUUUUGGACUUUAAAAGCAAGCAACUGUUCUCAGUGAAGAUUACAAUUUUAAACUUCAAAAAAUACCUAAAAUUUCUAACCACUAAUUUCCAUUUAUAUUUUCUUUUCAGGUUGAUCUUUUAGUUUCAUAUGAAAUCCAUAAAAUGAAUUGGUUUUAAAAAUAUUAAUGUACGCUAUCGACGGAGUUUUUUUUUAAACUGUGAAUUGAAGAAAUUCCUUUCCAUUUUAUUUAUUUUUUAAUCAUUUUCAAAAUGCAUAUGUAUGUAUUGUGGUAGUGAUGAGCGAUAUUGCGAUUUUUCAUUGCUAUUGCGAUCGAUGCAAAUAAAACAAUGAAAAUAUGAAAACAUUUGUACUUAAUAUUUAUUUUUUAAAUUCUUCACAUAAGCUUUCAUAUUGGUUUUAACAAUAAAUAAAAUAAAGAAUUUCUUAAGUAACUGCAACUUCUGAUUACUUCUUAAACGACUAAACUUAUAUACCUAAAACAUGUUUUUAGUAAUCGCAUUUAAAAACAUUAGCAUUUUGGCCUUUUCAUCGUACAAACGGACGUAGAAAAUUUUGUCUUCUUGACGUCAGUCCACAAACUGACUGUGGCGGCCAUUCCAUUACCUUGUCAUUCGUUUCCCUUUCACCUUUUAGCAACUUCACUUGUGUGCUUGGGAUCGUUGUCCUGCUGGAACAUCCAAACAAGUGGAAUUUCUUUACUGGCAUGCGGCAGCACGGUUUUCUGGAAUAUUUCGACAUCGGAUCAUCAGUCAAGAAACACAUGUCCAAACAAUGAUACGCGCAACUCUAUGUUUACCGUUUUUGUUGUAUAUUUCGGCUGGUAUUCGGUAUUGAGCGGACGUCUUACAUAUUGACGCGAUCAUUUUCCGCCAUACUUAACAAUCUUCGAUUUGUCCGACCAUAAAAUAUUCCGCCAUUUUAUAGAAGACCAAUUAAAAUUUCCUUUAGCGAAUCAAAGUCUUUGUUCAACAUGUAUUUUAGGCAAGAACGGCUCUUUUUGUUUUUUGUUUUGAUCGUAGGCCCCCAAGUUAUGAUCACGCAAAAGCCAGUAUAUAAUUUCAAUAAUUCUAGGCAACUUUUACCUCUGUAGCAGCCGCAAAUGGAAUCUUCCUUGAGUAUCUAUGUUCAUAUAUUCUACAUAAGUUUUGCCCUAAUAAACCAAUUUUUUUAACAGGGCGCGUUUCACAGACGUUCAAUUUUUAUUUUUCGACAGUUCUAAAUGAAUAAAAGUAAAAUUUUAACAUUUAAACCACAAAAAAAUUCAGAUAAUUUUAAUUUUUCAAACACUUCUUUCACGCUCUACUAAGAUUUUGACUGAUCUAAAACACUUUGCAAAUAAAAAGUCCAGCAAAUGUAACAAAAACAACAAGCCAAGCGAAACAAGUUGUUGCAUGUUUUCAUGUCAACAUCUGAAGCUGACUGAUUUUGAAGUGCAUCCCAAC